GUUGCUGUCUCAUUGUAUUCAAUAUGACUAUCGAUAUCAGUACCAACGAACCCACCCUAAGGCGCCGGUCGCUGGUCCAUACGCAGCCCAUGCCUCAGAACAACUACCACCGGUGUUUCCAGAACUACUACCACGGCCAUAACUACUUGAAUCCCAACCCCAAGUACAUCGCCAGUAUCAAAUCGAAUGUCAACCAUUUCCAGUUGCGAGAUCUUCUUCAGAUCGACCAGACGACGGGGGACGUCUACUUCACCAAAAGCUACUCGUUGUGGAAGUUGAGCGGGCUCAACGACCCUUUGGGCCACCAGUUGGUAUCAAGUGAGGUGUUAAAACCAGACUAUUCUCCCAGAUGCUUCAACGUCACCAACAAUGGCCACAUGGUAAUAGGUGGUCUCAUGACGUCUGCCUACAAGAUUUUCUACUCAAACAUCGAGGGGCUCAAAUUGAACAACCAGAAUUUGACCCGUCCACAAAAGGGACUAUUUACCUUCUACAACUCGCAGUUAGACACGAGCAAAACCGUCAAGUUGGGGGAGAUGAUCAAUAACUCGGUGCUUCUCGACAACGGCGGCAACGACCAGGCGUCUCAGUUCAAGGCGUACGUGUGUAAUAAUGACUCGUCGUUGUAUGCGUUGGAUAUUGCCAAUGGUGACCGCAUCAGCAUCUCCAGCAAGAUGAGGUGUGAGCACGAUGUGUCAUUGAACAACGUGAUGAAGUGUCCCACCAGCGACAAGCUCUUGGCGGUGACGGGCGACACGUCGCUGGUAUUUUUGGUGGACCCCACCAGUCCUGGUGACAGCGUGGUACAAAAACUCCAGACCAACCACGACUCGGGAUUUGGUAUCAGCUUUCAUCCCAAUGGCAACAUGUUCUCGGUGGCCUUCCAGAACGGCCAUUGCUUGUUGUACGACCUUCGGAAUCUUUCGCAGCCAUUGCACACCAUUAACUCCACUCGCCCCGGCCAUCAGCUGGGAGCUUUCAGAGCCUGUAAGUUUUCCAACUCGCUGUUCUCCGACAUCUUGGUGGUGUCGGAACACGUUGGCCGUGUACACGUCAUCGACCUUCGCAACCUCAACGAUGAGAUCAACAACCACCAGGUGAUUGUGUUUCCAUUUGCGUUGGACCAGUUUGGUGAGUACAAAACCAAACAAUGGCAGGAAAACCCCCACCUAGCCCGUGGCUAUGGCAAAACAGACGAUAAGGGUUUGUCCCCCAACCACCAAAAAUCCCCCAAAAAAACCGACCCCGUACUUGAAUCCCAUUAUAAUUUGCCGAUUUAUGACGAGGUGUUCAACCCGACUAGCAUCCAGUUUAACGUUCCGCUCGUGUACGACUAUGACUACUUGACCAACGUCAACCCCAAGUUGUUCAAGUACCACACCUAUCUGCCCGAGGCAAAGCCGGUAGAGGGCCCAUCUUCUCCCGGCACGUCGCCCGUGUCACCACCGUUUGACUCCCAGCCACAGACCAACCUGACGUACGGAAGCAGCUUCGACAGCGUGUAUAACGCCCCAACCUUGGCCUUGGGUGGAACUGCGUCUUCCAGCAUCUCUCCCAGCACGUACCAUAACGCAGAGAACCACAUCCAUGGGGAAAUGGAGCUUUCGGGACUAGACUGGUACGGGUCCAAGCUUCUUAUAGGCUGUGAGAAUGGAGGAAUCAUAAGCUGGGAUGUCAACUACAUUGCUCGAAGAAGUUUUGGCCUGUUCUCUUUUGUAUGACAAUUGACAUCGCGAUUUGUUUUCGCACCCAUUUCCUUUGAUUUUUGUACGCGUUUUGAAACUUUACUAUCAACAAUCCCACACACCACUU